CUGCUCACCUCCACCUCUCAAACACGCGCGCCUCCACCUCCUCCCAUGAGAGGCGCGCCAUCCUCUCCAUGGCCUCCUCCUCCCUCCUGCCCCCGCCCACCUUCGCCAACAAGCACCAUGCGCUGCUCCACCCGCACGGUGCCAGGCACCGGCUGAUCAGGUGCGGUGCCGCGCCCACCGACGGCGGCGCGGGGGACGAGCUCCUCAGCGGCGCGCUGCACCUGGGCAGGCCCGACCCGGUGGUGGCGACCGUGGUCAGCGACACGGGCACCGAUGGCUGGGGUGACCUUUUCACCGAGCUCAAGAGGUCGCUGCAGGCGGACUCGUCCGACCCGGCCGCCAGCGAUGCGGCAUCCAUCGGCGCCGGCGCCGGCGCGGCUGUCCCGGACGGGCUCCUGAGCUCGCCUCUGGCCGGCGAAGCGGCCAAUGCCAACGCGGCCCUCGUCGUCCCGGACGGGGUCCUGACGAGCGCGCCGGACUCGGCGACGGACGGUGUCGGCGCGGCCGUGGACGCCAUCCCGGACGAGCUCCUCAGCGCGCUGCACCUGGACGCGUCCAGCCCGGCGGUGCGCGUGGCGGACGACGCGCUGUCCCGGAUGGAGGAGCUGACGGCGGGGAUGAACGAGGCGGAGCGGUGGGCGCUGUUUGGGGUGGUGGCGGUGACGUGGCUGUACCUGACGGCGCGGCCCGGGGUGCUGAGCGGCGCGGUGGACACGUACGUGUUCGCGCCGCUGCAGCAGGCGCUGGACACGCUGCUGGGGCGGCGGAGCCUGAAGAUGAGCGACUUCGUGGUGGGCGAGCGCAUCGGGGAGGGGUCGUUCGGGGUGGUGUACUCCGGCGCCGUGGUGCCCAGGGGCGGGCCCGCCGUCGAGGAGAGGGCCGGCAGGGCCAAGACUAAGCUCCAGCUCGACGACCGGUACAAGGAGAAGGUCAUACUCAAGAAGAUAAAAGUGGGGACAGUUGGAGCCAAGGAGUGCGGCGACUACGAGGAGUGGUUCAACUACCGGGUGGCGAGGGCGGCGCCGGAGUCGUGCGCGGAUUUCAUGGGGAGCUUCGUCGCCGACAAGACCAAGUCCGAGUUCGUCAAGGGCGGCAAGUGGCUCGUCUGGAAAUUUGAGGGCGACCGGACGCUGGGCAACUACGUGACGGACCGGGGCUUCCCGGCGAACCUGGAGCCGCUCAUGUUCGGGCGCGCGCUGCGGGGCGUGGACGCGCUCACCCGCGCCGCCCUGGUGGUGAAGCAGGUGAUGCGGCAGCUCGUCACCUCGCUCCGCCGCAUCCACGACACCGGCAUCGUCCACCGCGACAUCAAGCCCUCCAACCUCGUGGUCACCCGCCGGGGCCAGGUCAAGCUCAUCGACUUCGGCGCCGCCACCGACCUGCGCAUUGGCAAGAACUACGUGCCCGACCGCACCCUGCUCGACCCGGACUACUGCCCGCCCGAGCUCUACGUGCUCCCCGAGGAGACCCCCACGCCGCCCGCCGAGCCCAUCGCCGCCAUCCUCUCCCCGAUCCUCUGGCAGCUCAACAGCCCCGACCUCUUCGACAUGUACUCAGCCGGGAUCGUGCUCAUGCAGAUGGCCACGCCGGCGCUCAGGUCGCCCUCGGGCCUCAAGAACUUCAACUCCGAGCUCAAGGCCGCCGGCUACGACCUCAACAGGUGGCGGGAGACCACGCGCCGGAGACCCGACCUGCAGAUCCUGGACCUCGACUCCGGCAGAGGCUGGGACCUGGCCACCAAGCUCAUCGCGCAGCGGGAGAAGGGGCGGCUCUCCGCCGCCGCCGCGCUCCGGCACCCCUAUUUCCUGCUUGGCGGAGAUCGGGCCGCCGCCGUCCUGUCAAAGCUGCAGCUCACCAAAUAGUAAUUGAUAUGUCUGGCUACAUAGAACAAGCGAUCAAACCCCUGCAUAUAGUAUCCAUAUAGAUGUCCAUCCCAUAAAUUCUGCCCUGAAUCCUGACAUGAGUGAGACGCAAGAUCACCAAUGGCAUUGGCAAUUUUGUUGUACAGUCAUGAUUCAUGAGAUCUCAAGGCAUCUGGCUGGUGUCAAUCAAUCAGUACAUUGUUUCGUGCGAGUUCA